CGCACGUGCACGUGUGCUGUUGUUGUCUCCAUGAUACUUGUGUUGCUGUGUGUGAUUCACGUGGUCGCAGUAGUUUCAGCUGGAGAAAUCUCCUUCUCACCUGAACAAACAUGCACAUUAGAGAAGUUCCAGCUGUGUCUCACUUCUCUUCAGUCGGUCACUCAAAAUCAGGAUCUUGUCUUUGCUACUACCACCGAAGAGCUAGCAACAGAAUGUGGUAGGUUGAUAAGAAGCGUCAAGUGUUUUGACAGCCACAAAGAGAGGUGUUUCACCCACACCCAACAGAAGGUUUUCAACCACGUGCUUGCUGGGGCCCGCCAAUUUAUUGAAGAAUUAUGUGUAUCAGGAGGUGUACAGCAAGAAUACUUGCUUCAUGCCAAGUGCUUUAAAAACAUUUCCAUGGAUGAAGAGAAGUGCGGGCCAACUUACCGUCAUACCCUUUAUUUGUCAGAAAAUGUGAAACAAGAAGGCAAUGUCGAGGAGGAGUUAAGGAAAACAUGUUGUGCCUUUAGUGAGUUUGUGCAUUGUAAAUACGUCCACGUGUCCAACGACUGUGGUCCUGAAGCAGGAAGAUUUCUCCGACGUCAUAUGGAACGGAUAUCCGGCCCACUGAUUCACGAACACUGCGCCGCCUAUACGCACAGAUCUGAAGCUUGCGUCAGUAAAAGCUCCAAAAGGCACAAUUUCGGAAUAACCACUUCUAUAAGUGUGAUUUUUGUGUACUUAAUUCUUAUGGAACUCACUUAGAAUCACAGUAGAAAUCUUACUUUGAAUUAAGUUUUGUGUUUUUCUGUAAAGCAGAGUUUAGAA